AUGAAGGCAGGACAACUGGCAUUGGGUUUCCUAACACUAACCAUAUGCAUGUGGGUGGCCAAUGCGGCGGGCACUGGCACCGGAUCGACGACCACGACGGAGGCCACCACAACGACAACGACAACGGCGGCCACCACAACGACAACAACAACCGCAGCUUCCUCCGCGUCGACUGUCCACAGGAAGCGCUUCCGGGUCAGCAAUCUUAGGUUUUCGGUGACGCGGAGAUAUAAGAUCUACAGGAACACCACAGCCAGUACCCGGAGACUAUCGAGGCGUCUUGCCCGUUUGCGAAACCGUCGACUCGUCAGGGUCCUGAGACGGAGCAACAAUCGGGGCUGA